UUUUCUCUCAUAUCAACGAUAUAAAGCGACGGUAUUGAUGAUUUUGACAGAUAUUUUAUUUGUCAAUCGCCAGAAAUAAAUUUUUUUUGUAAAGGCAAAAAAUCACGGACACGUGGUAAAGUUUUUGAAAUAGAACAAUUCGAAUUGAAACAAAAAUGUUGAAGAGUACAUAUUUUAUUGCUGUACUUGCAAUGACAGCAGUUGUCAUCGCAUGUGUGGCUUCUGCGCCAAUGUCGGUCAAAAGAGCUGCGUUGAAUCGAUUAACUUUGGCACGAAAAAUGAAACUUUUAAGACGACAGAUAGCAGCUGAAAAGGAAAGAAUAAAAACAGAGGAAAAAGAGUGUGACGAUAACACCAAUGCUAAAGCUGAAGAUGAGCCAAGUACCUACAGAGAUGCCCCGAAUAGCAGACGAAUACGCCGAAGAAAAUUUCUGAAGAAGUUAAUGGCAUCAUGUGCUCCAAGUAUCCGUCAAACGUGCAAAACAAUGUUUUCAAGUUGCAAAAUACAAACGAUAUUCAAAAGGAGCAUCGAAGACAAUAGCGAGGUUGCACUGAACAGAGUAAAACGAUCAAAGCACAACAAAACACGCGGAAAAGGCAAGAAGAGGAUUCGCGUUGAUAUUUCAUGCGAACUUUGUGAAAAACUCUGUUGGAAGUGAAGGAACCAAAGAUACGAGAGUUUUUAACUUUCUGAAAUUCCGUUUACUCUAAUAUUGUGAAGUGCAAUUCAACGAUGAUCAACAGUUUGGGUUUGUUCAGAGAUAUAUAUCGAAUCUUAAAAUUGCAUCUUUUUGUCGCCCGGGCUUCAUGUGAAUAAUGGGUCAGGAAUAGCCAUCGGUGAACAAUCACUAAAAACAGAUGCUAAAACGCAUACAACUAAGCUGUCACGCCUGUAAACCGAAAUCAUGAUAAAUAUAUAGCGAUUUUUGUGUUAUUAAAGUUCAUUCAUAUUUAUUUACAUAAAUGUCUGAUAUAUUUUGUUGACGGAAAAUUUAUGAAUGUUUUUUUUAUUAUGAGUGUAACUUAUUUUAUUUUUAAGUUGUUUAUUUUAAACCACUGAACUUUAAAUAAAUAUGUAUAA